AUGGCAGCUGCGGCCACCUCCCCUCUAACUCCCCAUCACCUGCCCCCGGUUCUCCUCUGCAUCCUGCUCCUCCUGCCAGCCGCUGCCGCCCAGACGACACUGAAGAUCACCAACAUGUGCCCCUACACCGUGUGGCCAGCCGCCACGCCGGUGGGUGGUGGCAUGCGGCUGGACCCAGGGACGACAUGGACCUUCGACGUGCCUGAUAACACCAAAGGAGGGCAAGUAUGGGCACGCACGGGCUGUUCAUUUGACAUCAAUGACAAGGGGUCGUGCCAGACAGGCGACUGUGAUGGCGUGCUCACCUGCAAUGGCCGUGGUAAGCAACCCUUCACGCUUGCAGAGUUCUCGCUCAACCAGUUUGAGCACAACAGCUUAUUCUACAUCUCCCUCGACAACGGCUUCAACGUGCCCAUGGAGUUCCUGCCAGUGCAGGUCAAGGGGGGACAAAGAAGGUGCAAGGGAACACGCUGCGGGGUAGACAUCACGUCGCAGUGCCCGAGCGAGCUCAAGGUGCCGGGAGGCUGCAACAGCACAUGUCCAGUGGUAUCCAAAUUGCCUUGCAAAUACACAGACUUCUUUGUGCAGAUGUGCCCGGAGGCAAUCAUCGACUCAAGUGAUUCUCCCUCAGUGAUUGUAUUCAGCUGCCCAUGGGGAACCACAUACCAGAUCAACUUCUGCCCAUCGAUCAAUCAAACGCCUUCAGCUGCAAGUCCUCCUCCUUCAUCAAAACCUCCAAGUCCUCCAGACACAGCUCCUUUUGGGUCAUCAAAAGUGCGCACUGUUGUUGUGAUUGCAGGUGCCAUAAUCAGUUUCAUUUUAACUGUCACCUCCAUCCUUUUUGUCGUACAUAGAAGAAGAAGAAGACGCAGACACCAUGAGAUGGAGGAGGACGAGGCAGAGUUGGGUAAGCUACAAGUAACACCAAUGAGGUUCACGUUUCAACAGUUAGAAGUGGCAACUGAACAAUUCAAAGACAAGCUUGGGGAAGGAGGAUUUGGGUCUGUUUUCGAGGGACAGCUUGGCGAGGAAAGGAUUGCAGUAAAACGUUUGGACCAAGCUGGUCAGGGAAAGAGAGAAUUCUUAGCAGAGAAAUCACAUAGGCUCUUGGUUUAUGAGUAUAUGCCAAAAGGAUCCUUGGACAAGUGGAUCUAUUGUCGACAUGACAAUACUGCUCCUCCGUUAGAAUGGAGGGUACGGCGCAAGAUUAUCACUAACAUAGCAAAGGGUCUUACUUAUCUUCAUGAGGACUGCAUGAAGAGAAUUGCUCAUUUGGAUGUCAAACCACAAAAUAUCCUCAUAGAUGAUGACUUCAAUGCUAAACUUUCUGAUUUCGGUCUAUGUAAGCUCAUUGAUAGGGAUAUGAGCAAGGUGGUUACUAGAAUGAGAGGUACACCUGGAUAUUUAGCUCCUGAAUGGUUGACAUCACAAAUCACGGAGAAGGCUGAUGUUUAUAGCUUUGGCAUUGUGGUCAUGGAAAUCGCGAGUGGAAGAAAAAACCUUGACACUUCUCGGUCUGAAGAGAGCAUCCAUCUUAUUACCCUAUUGGAAGAAAAGGUGAAGAACGGUCAUUUGGUAGAUUUGGUUGACAGGAACAGUAAUGACAUGCAAGCACAUGAGCAAGAUGUAAUUCAGAUGAUGAAGCUCGCGAUGUGGUGUUUGCAGAUUGACUGCAAAAGAAGGCCUAAAAUGUCGGAUGUAGUCAAGGUCUUGGAAGGUACCAUGGAUGCAGAGAGCAAUAUAGAUCAUAACUUUGUUGCAACAAACCAAGUGAAUUUUGGUCUUGCUGGAAAUGCAACACCUUCGGCUCCACCUCUAGCCUCAGAUCUAUCGGGCCCGAGGUGA